AUGGCAUCUGAGUUGAAUUCGGUUCUUUUGAUCGGUGGUGCAGGUUUUCUUGGAUUACAUCUUAUCGAACAAUUUUAUAAAAAUUCUCCAAACACCAAAAUACACGUCUUUGAUGUUCGUCCAAUAGCUGAAAAAUUAUCACCUUAUUUUACAUUUCCAACUAAUGAAAUUGUCUUUCAUCAGGGUGAUUUAACGUCAGAGACAGAUGUUGAAGAAGCAAUUAAAAAAUCACAAUGUGAUGUUAUCGUUCAUUCAGCUUCACCUAUGCACGGACUUGCACAAGAAAUCUAUGAAAAAGUGAAUGUUGAGGGUACGAAGAAUUUGAUUAAAGUAGCAAAAAAGUCAAGAGUAAAGGCAUUGGUAUAUACCUCAUCGGCUGGUGUUAUUUUCAAUGGGCAGAACAUCCAUAACGCCGACGAAUCGUGGCCAUAUCCAGACGUUCAUAUGGAUGGUUAUAACGAGACCAAGGCAUUUGCCGAAACAGCAGUAAUGGAAAGUAAUGAUCCUAACGGCUUGUUAACUGUUUGCUUGAGGCCUGCGGGUAUUUUUGGACCUGGUGAUAGACAAUUGGUACCGGGAUUGAGAGCAGCCGCAAGAUUAGGCCAAUCUAAGUUUCAAAUUGGAGACAACAACAACUUAUUCGACUGGACUUACGUUGGAAAUGUAGCUGACGCACAUGUGUUAGCUGCGCAAAAAAUUUUAGAUAAAAGCUUGUCCCAUAAACUUGGAGGUGAAACAUUCUUCAUCACCAAUGACGCGCCUACUUACUUUUGGACUUUGGCUCGUACUGUUUGGAAGGCAGACGGACAUAUCGAUAAGUACAACAUUGUGUUGAACAGACCUGUUGCUAUAGUUGCAGGCUAUUUAUCAGAGUUUUUUUCGAAGUUAUUGAAAAAAGAGCCCGGAUUGACACCAUUUAGAGUUAAGGUUGUAUGUGCUUAUCGUUAUCACGAUAUAUCCAAAGCCAAGGAUGUUCUUGGAUAUAAACCGCAAGUUGACCUUGAAACCGGUAUUAAAUAUACCCUAGACUGGAUGAACGAAUCUAGUUAA